AUGAGUUGUUUCUCUUGUUUCUCCUCCCACCAUAAGAAAUCAUCGUCCAAGAGACACAGCCAUAGGAAAGGAUCCGCCUCUUUCCAUUAUCGAGAACCCUCCCCUGUUCCCUCCACCACCGGCAAUGAUAAUGUAACAGGAAAGGUAUCGGUGGAAGUUACAAACAAAAAUGAUCAUCCUCCUCCUCAGAAAGAAGGAAACACAAAUAUUGCAGCUCAAACAUUCACUUUCCGUGAAUUGGCUGUAGCUACAAAGAACUUUAGACAGGAUUGUCUUGUUGGAGAAGGAGGAUUCGGAAGAGUUUACAAAGGCCAACUCGAAAAGACCGGCCAGAUCGUAGCUGUGAAACAACUAGACCGCAAUGGAUUGCAAGGAAACAGAGAAUUCCUUGUCGAGGUGUUAAUGUUAAGCCUUUUGCACCAUCAAAGUUUGGUUAAUCUUAUUGGAUAUUGUGCUGAUGGUGAUCAAAGGCUUCUUGUUUACGAAUUCAUGUCUAUGGGUUCUUUGGAAGACCAUCUAUUAGAUCUUCCUCCUAGACAAGUUCCAUUGGAUUGGACGAAGAGGAUGAAAAUCGCACUAGAUGCAGCCAGGGGUCUCGAAUAUUUGCAUGACAAAGCCAAUCCUCCCGUUAUUUAUCGCGAUUUGAAGUCGUCGAAUAUUUUGUUAGACGACGACUACAACGCCAAGCUAUCUGAUUUCGGGUUGGCAAAGCUAGGUCCUGUCGGGGACAAAACACAUGUUUCUUCAAGGGUGAUGGGAACUUACGGUUAUUGUGCCCCGGAGUAUCAAAGAACCGGGAAACUAACUGUUAUGUCGGAUGUAUACAGUUUUGGUGUCCUUCUUCUAGAGCUCAUCACCGGUCGAAGGGCAAUAGAUAACAUGAGACGGAUUCAUGAACAAACUUUAGUGUCUUGGGCAUUGCCAAUAAUCAAAGAACAAAACAGGCAUAUAGAGUUGGCAGAUCCAUUGCUUGGACACAACUUUCCUAUUAAGAGUUUAAACCAAGCUGUUGCGGUGGCGGCCAUGUGUAUACAAGAAGAUGGGGCAAUUCGGCCAAUGAUGAGUGAUGUUGUCACGGCUCUUAGUUACCUAGGGGAUAUGCCGAAUGCUUCCGAAAACGUUGAGAAAACUAAUUUGUCAUUCGACGACGGGGAAUUUGGGAAUGAAAAUGAAGAGGAAGACGAAGAAGAGGCAGAGAAAAUGGAGCGAAAAAGAGCUGUCGAAGAGGCUAUAGCUUGGGGAUCAAAUUCAAGGGAACAACAUAUGAGAUUACAAGAAGAAAAUGUUUAG